AUGGCCCCUGCAAGAGUAUCCCACGACCCGGUUCUUCGCCGCGAACCAGCAACUUCAAUUCGUGACUUCCAAGUCCGCAACUUGGAUGCAGAUCUUUGCGUUUGCGGUGGCGGCUUCGCUGGUACCAUUGCUGCAAUCGCUGCAGCAAGGCACAAUGUCAAAGUCAUUCUCAUCCAAGAUCGUCCUGUUCUAGGAGGCAACGCAUCCAGCGAAGUUCGGUUGUGGAUUCUCGGAGCUACGUCACACAUGUUCAACAAUAAUCGCUAUGCUAGAGAAGGCGGUCUUGUUGAUGAAAUACUCUUGGAUAAUUUGUAUCGGAACCCUGAAGGGAAUCCUCUGAUUCUCGACACAAUUCUUUUGGAAAAGGUGCGGCUUGAAACCAAUAUUCAGUUAUUCUUGAACACUGCAUUGGUUGGCUGUGAAAAAGACGGCCAACGGAUCAGCUCUGUCAGCGCGUUUAAUUCUCAAUCAUCGCUCAAGUUCAAUAUUCGAGCUGAGCAGUUCAUCGACUGCACAGGCGAUGGUACACUCUCUUUCCUAGCUGGAGCUCCGUUCAGGAUUGGCGCCGAGAAACGUGACGAGUUUGGAGAGCUAUUUGCACCUUCUUCAGAGUAUGGUCACCUCUUGGGUCACUCCAUCUACUUUUACACCAAGGAUGUCGGGAAACCCGUCAAGUUCGUAGCUCCGUCUUACGCUCUCAAAGAUGUCGAGGCAGAAAUCCCACGGUUCAAAAGCUUCAGCACCAAGGAAAUGGGCUGCAAUCUCUGGUGGAUCGAGUAUGGUGGAAGACUUGAUACUAUUCAUGAUACUGAGGAGAUCAAGUGGGAGUUAUGGAAGGUUGUUUAUGGCGUCUGGGACUACUUUAAAAACUCUGGCCGAUUCCCCGAGGCGGAGAAUCUGACGCUUGAAUGGGUUGGCACGAUCCCGGGGAAGAGAGAAAGUAGAAGAUUUGUGGGACCCAAGAUGAUGAUACAGCAGGAUAUCGUGGAGCAGAGAUACCAUUCUGAUGCUGUUUCUUUUGGUGGUUGGUCACUUGACUUACACCCUGCGGACGGUGUCUUUUCCGAGGUCGAUGGCUGUACACAGUGGCACUCCAAAGGUGUCUAUCAGAUCCCAUUUUCUUGCAUGGUCUGCUCCGAGAUACCGAAUCUCAUGUACGGAGGCCGCAUCAUCUCAGCAUCCCAUGUUGCUUUCGCAUCCACACGAGUCAUGGCUACAUGCGGAGCCAACGCCAACGCUUUGGGCAUUGCAGCAUCGUUAUGCAAGAAGAAAGCGAUCGAUCCUAUGCAGCUGCUCCAAAAAGCUGAAAUGAAGAAUUUCCAACUUGAGCUCAUGAGAUUUGGACAGUUUAUUCCAGGGUACAAGCUUGAAGACGCAAAAGAUCUUGUCCAUUUAGCUUCAAAGAUCGACAGCUCGUCAACCUUUGAACUCUCGCAACUCCCAGCAGAUGGGCCACCCAAAGUCUUGGUGAGAAGCCUUGCACAAAUGCUUCCCAUGUCGCAGGGACCUGUACCCAAGUUCUCCAUCACUGCCAUAUCGGUUGAAGCCACUGAGCUAGUCGUCCAGCUUCGAGGUUCUGAGAAGCCUUACAAUUAUACACCCGAGGUCAUCUUGGCAGAGACGAAAUUCUUGCUUGAACCGGGUGCAAAUGAUCUUGUCAUGAAUUUUGAGAUUGAGAAUCCUCAGACACAAUAUGUCUUCCUUGCUUUUAUGCAGAAUGAGGCUGUCGCACUCUGCACAACCAAGACCCGCGUUUCAGCUCUCAUGGCAGUUGAACACGAGUGCACACAAAGUCCACCUAGUGAUGUUGGCGUUGAUGAAUUCGAGAGAUGGACACCUGUUAGGAGACCAAUGGGUCAUAACCUUGCAUUGACCCUGGAUCCACCCCUCAAGGCAUGGAGUGUAGAGAACAUCCGCAACGGCGUUUCCCGUCCCACCAAGAGAACCAACUGUUGGGUCCCCGGUUCUGAUGCGUCUGGCAGAAAGCUUCUCAAAGUCAGUUGGUCUAGUCCGGUUGAAGUGAGCAGAGUAGUCGUAUGCUUCGAUACAGACUAUGAUCACGCUCUCGAGUCCGUUUUGAGAGGCCAUCCAGAGAGAACUAUCCCAUUUUGUGUUAAGAAAUGGCGUCUACUAGACCUUUCUCAAGGCGAACGAGAACUUUACAUCGAGGAUGGUAACCACCUAUCGCGACGUGAGGUGGUCCUUUACUCGACCACGAAAUUGACAGAUCUUGGAGUAGAGAUCCUGGAGUUGAAUGGGGGUGCAAAUGUUUUUGGUGGUAUAUUUGAAGUACGCGUAUACGAAUAG